UCUGCAGAGGAAAAUACUUUCUACCCGAGAAGCUUGUUUCUCUCGCGAGAUCUGGCAACAGUUACUUUCAUUAUCAAUGUGUCGCGCCAUCUAAAGCCCAGAGCCGCGCAGAGACCAGACUCUGAAGUACUCAUUAUGUCUGACUUAAUGAGGAACCGCUGGUUAAAACACUGGCUUAUGGAGGACGACUCCCAACUGAAGAUAGAUGGCGCUGAAGCAGUAAAUGAUGAUAAUGAGUCAGGAUUCUCAUCUGUCAAGCUUGAUCACGACCAAUCAUCACAUCUGUCUUUUCAAUCCCUCCGCAGUGAUCGGUCAAAAAAAAAAAAAAUUAAUUUCCAAAGAUUUGAAAAAUACGACCCAGGCAGGUAUUACUACUGGCAAUGUCUGCAGGAAGAGAAGAAACAUAUUCAAAUCCGGGAAGAACGUUUUUUGGCCGACCUCCCACCUGAUUGCUUUCUCAGUGAUGACGACCAAUGGCCACGUCCAUUUGAUCCAUUCCUCCGCAGUGAUCGGUCAAAAGAAAAGAUAAUAAAUUUUCAAAAAUUAAAACAAUGCGACCCACUCAUGGAUCAAUAUUGGCAAAGUCUGCAGGAACUGAGGAAAUUUAUUCAAAUCCGAGAAGCAAGUGCUUUGGCCCGCAUCUCUACUGAUUUCUUUCUCAGAGAUGAGGACCAAUCGUCACGUCUGUCUGAUCUAUCCCUCCACAGUGAUUGGUCAAACGGAAAAAAUAUCAAUUUUAAAAGAUUAGAAAAAAGCAACACAGUCCUGGAUCAAAUGUGGCAACGUCUGCAGAAACAGAAGAAACUCAAUCAAAUGCAAGAAGAACGUUUUUUUGCCGACCUCUCACCUGAUUGGGAUCAAGCAUGGCAACGUCUGCAGGAACUGAGGGAACUGUUUCAAAUCGAAGAAGAAAGUGUUUUUGACGACCUCCCACCUGAUUGGAUGGAGGAGGAAGAGGAGGAGGUGGUGGAGGCGGAAGAGGAGGAAGAGGAAGAGACCAAAUCCGUGAUCUAAAAGUCUGAACUUUGCGUCCAGACUUUGGUUGUUUGAAAACCAUGUUGAGUAUAAUGAUCUGUAGCUCUUUUUGUGACAGCUUGAUUUGGAUACAAAUGAAUGUAAAUGAUAAGAUUCGUUGCUCACAUAAGACUGUUAUUUUUUAUUAUCCUACUGUCAUCAUCUUUGUAAUCAUUCCUUAAUUCUCUCUCUUGGAUUAUUUUCUCUUCGACUGAUUUUGAGGUCCUCAAAGUUAUUAUGCACCUUCCUGUAUUUUAGUCACUUUAAAACUUUAUAAUUAAUAAUACUUCUGUGUUAAAGUGUUUUCUUUGUCAAGGUUCAUACAGUAAAUACAGGAGUUGUAUUACUGAGUUUUAGUCAUUGUGCCAAUUAAACAAUGUGGAAAUACUUUAAGACAAAAUCUGAGAA